AUGAUAUCCUUACAGUUGCGGCUACCUGUGCUGCUGUUAGUUGCCUUUGUCGUUGCAGCUUCUGCUCAUGCGGUGGCGCAAGGGGGACACCGUCAGCUUCUAAGCGCUCGGGAUCAUACGUACAAGGAACAUGAUCCCGUUCCACUUUACGCGAACAAAGUCGGACCUUACCACAAUCCCAGCGAGACCUACCAGUACUAUGAUUUGCCGUUCUGCCGCAAGGCGGAGAGCUACAAGCUGGAGGACCUUGGCGAGGUGAUUGAAGGAGACCGGCUGGUGACGACGCUUUAUGAUUUGAGCUUCCGCGUGAACAAAGAGAGCGAGUCUCUAUGCACAAAGACGUUGUCCGUGGAGGAGGUUCAGAAGUUUCGCCAGGCAGUCAAGGACGAUUACUACUUCCAGAUGUUCUACGACGACCUUCCUGUGUGGGGAUUCAUCGGAAAGACAAAUUCCGCCACUGGCGGUGAUGGAGGCAUGGACUCCCACGGCCAGGAUGUCCGGUACCUCCUGUUCACGCACGUUCAUUUCGUCGUGUCUUAUAACGGGGAUAGGAUCAUCGCGAUCAUCGUGAGCACGGAUCCGUCGCAGACGGUGGAUAUCACCGCGGAUGCGGAGGUGAAGGUGGAAUUCAGCUUCAGCGUGCGGUGGGAGGAGACGAACAUUCCGUUCGAGAAGAGAAUGGAGAAGUAUUCGCGGUACUCAUUCAUGCCGCAGCACCUGGAGAUUCACUGGUUCUCCAUUAUUAACUCGUGCGUCACCGUGCUGCUGCUCACCGGCUUCCUCGCCACCAUCCUCAUGCGCGUGCUCAAGAACGACUUCAUCAAGUAUACGCGUGAUGACGAGGCUGCAGAGGAGCAGGAGGAGACUGGUUGGAAGUACAUUCACGGAGAUGUAUUCCGCUUCCCUCCAUUCCCUUCUGUCUUCUGCGCCCUUGUUGGCGUGGGCUCGCAGUUGCUGGUGCUCGUGCUCUUUGUAUUCGCGCUGGCGCUCAUUGGAGUCUUCUACCCGUACAACCGCGGUGCUCCGUACCAGGCGUGCAUUGUCCUGUAUGCCCUCACUGCAGGCAUCGCAGGCUACGUCUCCUCGUCUUUUUACCGUCAGAUGGGCGGAGAGAACUGGGUGCGCAAUGUGGUCCUGACAGCGCUGCUCUACUGCGGGCCCUUCCUGCUCGUCUUCUCCUUCAACAACUCGGUCGCCAUCGCUUACGGAUCCUCCCAGGCUUUGCCUUUCGGCACCAUCGUCAUCAUCAUUGUCAUUUGGACGCUUGUCACUUUCCCCCUCACGGUGCUGGGUGCUAUCUGGGGGAAGAAGAACGCAGGCGAGUUUGAGGCACCGUGCCGGACCAGCAAGUAUCCUCGCGAGAUCCCUCCCCUGCCCUGGUACAGGACGGCUGUUCCCCAGAUGUGCAUGGCUGGCUUCCUGCCCUUCAGCGCCAUCUACAUUGAGCUCUACUACAUCUUUGCCACGCUCUGGGGCCAUAAGAUCUACACCAUCCAUAGCAUCCUCUUCAUUGUCUUCCUCAUCCUCAUCAUUGUUACCGCCUUCAUCACGAUUGCGCUCACCUACUUCCAGCUGGCGAUUGAAGAUCAUGAGUGGUGGUGGAGAUCGGUGCUGUGCGGUGGCUCAACAGCCUUCUUCAUCUACGCGUACUGCUUCUACUACUACUUUGCACGCUCGGACAUGACUGGCUUCAUGCAGACAUCCUUCUUCUUUGGCUACAUGGCCUGCGUCUGCUAUGGCUUCUUCCUCAUGCUUGGGGCAGUGGGUUUCCGUGCUGCGCUUCUCUUUGUGCGGCACAUUUACCGGGCCAUCAAGUGUGAAUAG